UAGAAGCAGGCCAAGCGAACCUGACUGGACGGUUCACCUUUUGACAGCAACACAGCACAGUCAAUGCUAGGGAUCACAGAUAUGCAUAGGCUUGACCUCCAGUCUGGCGACGGGAAGUACAAGCAAGCAUUACUCAAAAGCUCAUCCACUAGUACUUCAUUUGUUUGGGGUUUGCAUGCGCGGCGAUGAACAUCGGCAUCCGCACCUGCACCACGCACCACGGCCACCAGUGCUGACUCAGCUGCUCACCGCCCGCGAAAGCUCCCACUUUAGAAUAGGACUAGCGCCGAAAUUUUGAAUGGAUUUCGAAUUUUUGCGGGUUUCAGCAAAAAGACCGGACGACUAUUUCUCCCCCACGCCCAUCGCCCUCUCUCUCGCCCUCGCCCAACCCCUCUUUCCGGACUCAGCAUCAAAUCCUCGAAGCGGGGUCUAAUAUUCACAAUGGCCAAGGACAAGAGCGACAAGAAGGACAAGCGCGAGAGAAAGGAGAAGCGCGCGGAGAAGGACGGAAUCUCCAAGAGCAAGAAGGACAAGAAGGAGAAGAAGGACAAGACCGCUCUCGCCGACGCCGUCGAGAAGGAGCUCACCACCAAGGUUCUGGAGGGCAUUGAGCAGGCUGUUCCUGCUGAUGCCACCGUCACCGGUGUUGUUGAGGCUGAGGUCAUGGAUGUCGACAGCAACCCCGUUGGCGCCCUCGUUCCUUUCGCCCAGCCUCUGGUUGAGGACAAGCAGGCCAAGAAGGUUCUGAAGAGCGUGAAGAAAGCUGCUGUCAACAAGUGCUUGAAGCGUGGUGUCAAGGAAGUCGUCAAGGCCCUCCGCAAAUCUCCCAUCCCCGCCGCCAACGCUACCAUCGCCGUCCCCAACGGCGUUGUCAUCCUUGCCGCCGACAUCUCGCCCAUGGACGUCAUCUCUCACAUCCCCGUCCUGUGCGAGGACCACGGCAUCCCAUAUGUCUUCGUCACAUCCCGAGCCGAGCUCGGUAACUCUGCCGCCACGAAACGCCCCACCAGUGUCGUAAUGGUUGUGCCCAAGUCGGCCUCCAAGGGCAAGAAGGGCGAGGACGAAGGUGAGGACUUCACCGAGGUGUAUGAGGAGUUGGCCAAGUUGGCUCAGAAGGAGCUGAAGCGGGUGAACCUGUAGAGGUUCAUCGGGUGUGAUUUCUUUUCCGUUAUUUCCUUAAUCUAUAUGGCUUCUUUUGUUUUGUCUUGUCAACUUGCGAUGGCUGUACAGUUCCACUUUGAUGCCUGACAAGGCAGUGCAUGUCUUUGGGGUCUGGCCUUUGGGACGUGCUUAUAUGGGUUGAUCUUUUAUGACGUGUCCGUUGCAAAUCCGGCGUUCGCAAAUGGUGUAUGAAAAAAAGGCAGGAUGUCUUCAAAAUUAAACUCAAUUGACUGACAAGAUAUGA